AUGCGCAUGCUCUGCUACUUACUCACGGCUUCUAGCAUCUGUACCUUCGGACGUGCUGGCUCGCCGAUUGACGGUGACUCAGUGAUUGCUCCUGUUUCCAGCUCGAGCCCUUCUCCACGCCCUGACAAGAACACGUCCGACGGGCACCAACUUGUGCAUUUAUACGGCAAAGUGGGCUCUGCCGAUCUCUCCGCCUCUGUCGCUCAACGGCCUGUAGGACCGAGCGAACUGGUGGUGGGCAAGACCCACAGCGGCCACGCUAAGGAGGAGCGAUCGACUUGGUCGCCAGCUGAGCCUUUAUUGUUGGCAGGGCAACGAUUCGCGACUUUCUUGAGGCAGCUGGUUCGUCCGGUAGCGCCUCAUGAGGCUGAGUUCGUACGUCUGGGUCUUAACAAGGGAGACAUAGACGUUGAUGUCCUCACGCAAUGGCUGAAAGGCUGCAUUGAUAAUGAGAGGUACGUCGACUUCAAGUUCCCUCCAUCGGCAAUCGAAACAAUGAAAAAAUACAAACAAGAUCCAAAGGACGUGGUAAAGGCACUGCUAUCGGUGAAAACGAUGGUGAGCAAGAAUGAUGGACCCGACAACAUCCUGAGGGGGCUAGCUCACUAUUACCGAAGUGAUCCAAAAGUGAUGCAAGGUGCGUGGCUGGACCUCGAAGCGAAGCCCAAAGAGCUUUUUGAUACCCUCAAACUGGGUGAGGACGACACACUUAAGAACUCGCUAUACCGGGCAACUAUGUGGUUCGACUAUACUGCGCUGUUGAGAAGCAACAAGGAGAUUAACGUCCUCAGCGAGGAGGAAGCGGUGAAACUGCUUGUAGGUGGCAGGGAUGUCUCAGCUAUGAACACAUACAUUCAAAAAGCGAAGACGGACGGAGUUGAGGUGAAGACAUUGGCCGACGCGCUGAUUAAUUUGUACCGAAAGCGUGGGCCAUAA